GGAAUUUUCCGAAAUCUUCAAAAGCCGCUUCCGCUGAAAAUACACCUGCAGCUAUCAUCUGCCCCUUCUUCGCUGAAUUUAUGUUUCGGGUGAAAAGAUGAAGGAAUUUAUGCAUAUUCUUUAUGUUAUCGUCUUCCUCAAAGCGGUACUCGCCAGAAUUCGCCCUCUUACGGAAUUCCAGCACUUCUGUCAAGAAUUGCCUGUGGCUGGCUUUAUGACCACCCAGCAGAUUGAUCUUGUCUGUCACCACAGGGAACAAUGGAUGAAGGACAGAGAUUCGCUGUCAUCGAAAAAAGAUGCCUCAGAGACGACGGUGGAUCAAUUGAAAUACCUACACGAUCUGGAGGAUUGCACACGCCGUAAUUGUAUUGAGGUCGAAAGAAGACGAAAGAAGCGGCAAUCGUCGCCUAUGAAGUCCAUUCGCAGAGAGAUUCGGAUGCUGAGCGCGGAUGAGCGCGACAGGCUGUGGAAAGCGAUGAAUGCGCUGAAAUCGACCGCUAUCGAUAACAUCACCAUUUGGGAUUUACACACUUUGGUACAUUACCCGGAUAGUGCUCCUGGUGCUCACUGGGGACCAGCAUUUCUGCCAUGGCAUCGCGAGUUCUUGCGCCAGUUCGAAGUUGCACUCCAACGGGAAGACCCAACUGUCUCACUCCCCUACUGGGAUUCGACGCUAGAUCAAGGACUUCCGGAUCCUUCCGAUAGUGUAAUUUGGACUGAUGGCAUAUUGGGGAAUGGCAAUGGUUAUGUCAAAACAGGCCCCUUCAAAGACUGGGAUACAAAUGUCUACAUGCCCCUCACUCAAAUCCCUGUGAAACAGCUGUACAGAUCUACCGGUGGCAGAGAACAAGAUCGGCUAAUGGGAGUCAAGGAUGUCGAGUGGGUACUGAAACAAAAUCAUUACAGCCAAUUAACCUUCUGUCAUGAUAAGACCUUCGAAAGUAUGCACGGUCUCGGGCAUGUUUGGGUCGGAGGAUUUAUGUUUGUAAUCAGAGUGAGUCCAAACGAUCCUGCGUUCUACUUGCACCAUGCGUUUGUGGAUUAUCUCUGGGAACAAUUUCGAAGGCAAAAACAGACAAGAGAAGAGCGAGAGACACAAUGGGCAACGGAUACGUGUAAUUCCCUACAUGGCUAUGAUGAACAGAUGAAGCCUUUCCGGUUGCAGAAUAGAGACGGUCUGAGCAAUCAGUACACAGAUGAAUGGUACGAUUACGAACCAGUUCGACACUGCACUCCAUCUAAACCUGAUUGUGACUCAGAAUACUAUUUCUGUGACACAAGGGCGUGGCGAUGUAGGAGCAAGGUUGUACUUGGAGGAAACUGCACAGGCUUCGAAGAUAUGGCAAUAUGCUACAACUCUGUCUGUCAAGAGAAUCGCUGCCAGCUGCCACCAAAAGUUAUGGAUAGAAUGAGGCAGAGAAAGUCUGUCGAAUUUCCUACCGGCGAUAUUGUUUGGACGAAAACUCUGCUUAUAGAUCAAAAUGGAAAAGGCAUACGCAAUGAACUUGCUCACGUCACUGUUGUGAACGAUUUGACAUCGGAAAAUUUCACUUCAUAUCAAGAAAAUGAGCCAGCUUACCCUGAACUUGAGGGAACCAUGUACUUGCCAAUUCCAAAGCCCCGUGCUGGACUGAUUCAAGAAGUGACGCUUGAAGCCGUGGAUGGUGAUGGUCGAUAUUGCCAGGCGCACUGUUUCAAUAGCACGGAGGAAAAAUAUCAGGUGUGCCAACCUCGUCUGAAAAUAGGGGUUCGCGCUGAGUCAUCCGCCGGCAUUUCUUACACUCACUCAAUGACUUCAAGGAGGUACCUCGACGUCGAUCUCAGCGUCCAUCCUCGCCAAGUAGCUGUGUCCGCUCCGUACAUAGUUUUUGCUUGCUCAAGAAAGAUAACGACAUCUGCAACAAUUACAUCUCUAGCUGAAAGCGCUAGACCACCUGUAUUGCGAGAACCCUUCGUUUGGUUCAGAAUUACUCUUCAUAAGCAUGUGUCUCAAAAUCUACAGAUCCGAGCAGCUCCUUCUUCGGGUCCAGUAUGGUUGUCAUCUGUACAGAAAGCAGCUUCACCUUUUGAUCCAAACCUUGUCUUUGUUCAGGCACCAAAUCCUGGCAUUUCCGGCGGUGGAGUGAAAGUGACCAUAAGCAUUUUGGAAGGUGGUGAACGAACAAAAUGCACGGUUAAGUGCACUAAGAGAGAUGGAUCAGUACAAGACUGCGACGGUACGGUACAACUGCAUUCUGAACCUUCACAGUCUGAAGAGGACGUCUUUACCGCCGAUCCAGCCGCUCUGCAUCUUCUGGGCUGGAACAUGCGCGGUCAUCCAGCACAAUGGCGACAUAAAGUUCCUUAUCUCUCCUUCCACUGCUGAGCACUUUCUAGCCAGGCGAAGAGGUGCAAUAGCAAAGCCAGUAGCUCCUUAUGUGAAGUUGAUGUCCACUGCCCACAAUCGACCACCGGUCAAUAUGUCUCUAUUUCUAUAUCUUUAUUUUGACACAAACAUUAUCUAGGAAGGAUGAGCAGCAUCUUGUUUUUGAUAUAGUCUUUGUCGGGUAUACUGCUAUUCGUGCCUUUUGUUUGUAUAGUGCACUGAUUUGAUAUAAACAUG